CUCGCGUUUUAACAAAUGACAGGUUAACUUUCAUAAUUUUUUCUUCUCAACUUCUUUGAACCUGCCAAACAGACGUUCUGAGAGAGGGUGAGGAUCUUCCCGAUCCCCUGCCUUUUUCGCCUCAGUGUACGGAUACGACUUAGGAAGUCACACGUAAUUAUAAAGACAAACCUUGACCACGGCAGACGCGAAAUGUUGAGUCCUAUCUUUCCGCUGGGAAUCUCCCCGUUUAUUCCAGGAUUCCCAAUAGAAGGUCAAGGGCGCGUGAACCAGCUAGGAGGGGUAUUUAUCAACGGCCGCCCUCUUCCCAACCAUAUUCGUCUGAAGAUCGUGGAGCUGGCCUCUCAAGGCGUCCGGCCGUGUGUCAUCAGCAGACAGUUGAGAGUGUCACAUGGAUGCGUCAGCAAGAUAUUACAGAGGUACCAAGAAACCGGCAGUAUCCGGCCCGGGAUGAUCGGUGGCUCUAAGCCGAGAGUGGCGACACCUGAGGUUGAGUCCAGGAUUGAGCAGUACAAGAGGGAGAACCCAGGAAUCUUCAGCUGGGAGAUACGGGACAGACUCCUCAGGGAAGGGAUCUGCGAUAGAAACACGGCGCCAAGCGUCAGCUCCAUAAGUCGCGUGCUGCGCGCGCAGCGUAAAGGUGAUGAUGAGGAAGAUGAUGAUGAUGUUGGUGACGAGGGUGACAAUGUAAGAGAUGACGAAAGAGUUGAUGAUACAGACACAGUUGCAGAGGGGAAGGAAAGUGGAGAUUCUGACUGCGACUCGGAGCCCGGUAUCCAACUGAAGCGCAAGCAGAGACGCAGCAGGACCACGUUUACCGGUGAACAGCUGGAGAUCCUGGAGAAAGCGUUCGAGCGCACGCACUAUCCGGAUAUCUACACCCGAGAGGAGCUGGCACAGAGAGCCCGGCUAACAGAGGCCAGGGUACAGGUCUGGUUCAGCAACAGACGCGCAAGAUGGCGGAAACAGAUCGGAGCUACUCAGCUGGCGGCGUACAGCGGGAUUUACCCUUUGACCCCCAUGGCGGCACCGUACAUCCUACACGACCCGGCUGGGCUGCACCUGACACAUGGGGCGGGGCAUCUGACAGACCGACCGUUCUGGGGACACACAGUCUCCACUACUGGUGCCGCCUCAUUGCCCCAACGGAUCAAGACGGACGUCAUUCAUCCGGGGCUUUUGCCACAGACAUCAGUGUCCAUACAGCACAUCUCGACUGCGCAUGCCCAGCCCGUGACAACAUGGGCAUUACUUCCGACCAAUCACAGUUUUCUACUCCCACACCAAGUUACUGCGCAGGUCCCACCGGAAGCAAAGCCGCCAUUAAGUUUAGCAGUGCCAUCCACUUCACCUGGGAUUAGAGCGUCAGCUGACGAGAGUCUCGCAAAGCUUCGUAUGAGGUCAAGGGAACAUGCCGCCGCCAUUGUAUCUCUGCAUACAUGUACAUCGGAAAAGAAAACGGAAAUCGAAAACAUUUCACCUUGACGAUCACCCAAGUAAAGGAAAAAGUUUGACUAAGAACAAUUUUCUCCUUAGGGGAAUAUAUUGCUGAACCGACCGCAAACCAUUCACGCUUUUAAAAUUAAAAGGUCUGUCAAUGGAAAAAAAAUCGUGAUGUUCUAAUGAAAGGAAUGACUUUUGAUAGCAGUUAUGAACACUUAUCUAUUUAUGUAUCAUACUGACAUCAACUGUUGCCCAUGCAGUAACGUAAUAUUAUGGUGAAUAUCACG